GGCCGCCCUUUGCCGACCACAGCUCUAUGCUCUCACUUGAUGGACACCGGACGAGCUCGACCCGACGUCGUGACGCAAUCAAGAAGCGACGACAGCUUGGAGUGUUGUUUCUUCAAAUCGUGGUUAGAUGAAAGUGUUUGUUAAUUCAUAGACAAGUUGCUCUAAUUAGGUGACCAUGGUGGUGUUUCUCUUGCACAUGGAGUCUACCCCUCACUGAGGAACACUCAGUCCCUGCCAUGUUCUAGUGUGUUGUCAUGUCAAUACCCUCUAUGUUGGGAAAGGCUUGAGAACUUUUUUCCCCUGCACAGCAAAAGAACAUUACAGAAGCAUACAGGUCCAGAUUCUGGAGGGAAGUGGCCAGAUAAAAACCAAGAUAAGAACAAACCACAACACCUGAAAUUCAGAGGACCAAAGGGGAGGAGAGGACGGGGGUGCGGACAGUGGGUGUUGGGGAUGGGGUUGAAGAGCCAAAGGAGGACGUCAUGGUUCACAGCGGCUCUGCAUCCCCAAUGAAAACAACACCAUCAGCAUCCCCUCAUUUAACUGUUCGCACUACAGCACCUCCUUUGCAAACAGCUCCUCUAGUGCCCCCUCCUGGAGAUACUACAGAUCAGGACCUAACCCAGAACCCUGCCAAACUCCUCACCACAGACCUUACCUCCAACUCUGACUUGACCCAGCCCUCUACUCCAACUCCUGCUGAUGCCGAGCCACCUGUUGUAACCCCAGCAAAAGCACUUGCCUCUAACUCAAGCCCAGUAUCAGCCUGGUCCUCUACACAGACACCAACCCCUGCUCAGGGUCCACUCAAUGGCCGUACGUCAGGCAGGAAGAGAACUCCCAAGGCCUGUGACUGCUGUGGCCCCAGCAGUACGGGACAUAAUGUCAGAAUCUCAGGCAGAGGGAGGGGGAGGGCGAGAGGGAGAAGGGCCAGUAGUGACCUCUGGGACACCUCAAAAAGGAAGGUGGGUGGCCAGCUGAUACAUAUCAAGAGUUUUGAUUUGAACAAGGAAAAGGUAGAGGAAGCAGAGAAUGAAGAUGACAGAUAUGAGAAGGUGCAGACGACUGUAGUAGUGACUGAUACUCAGCCACAAACCACUGUUGCCCUCCCUGCCACAGUCUCACUGCAGCAUGGACCAAUGAGGAACUAUGUUGCUCCAGACAAAGGUGAUACGCAAAAAAAGGAAGACAUGUUGAUAGAGGGGUCAGGAGUUGCUGGUGGUGGAGGUGGUGAUAGCAAGGAUGUGGAGAUGAGAUUGUCGGGAAUGGCAGGCAGGGGGUCACCAGUAGUUAGAGGUAGAUGGAGAGGAGGGAGGGGAAUUGUGAGAGUUACGUCUGCAUCAAAAAUGGAAGCUGAAGAUGGAAUAAAGAGGGGCGGUUUAGGGGGUGGUGUCAUUAGACUUAAAACAUAUGCAUCACCUCGAUUAGUGUUUGUGCAGAGGCAGGGGCAAAACAAAAAUGCAGAGAUGGACCAUGGAGAGCAGACUGACCCCAGCUCAAUUAAAUCAUUUGGAAAUGGAGACACUGUAAACCUGUCCGACACCGAACCUGAAGAGGAGGUGAGGGAGAACAACAUGAUCAUGAGUGGAAUGGAAAAUGGACUGUUGUCUGUCUCACAGCAGUCAGGUCUUGCUUUAAGGUCAGAAUCUCCCCAGGACCUGGACUCUGAGAUGCAGGUGGACCAAACUCCUGACAGAAUGGACUCAGUGUCUGCACCGGUAACUCUGUCCAACGGAGACGUUGCCACACCAACAAAUGACAACCACUGCUCCACACUUAUGGAGGUGGAAACUUCUUAUCCAGCUACAGUAGCUCCUCCGUCCCAUGGCCCUAUUACAGUAUCCAGCUCACAGUACCUCUCGGCAUUAAGAGACCACAGGCUGUACUGUCAGCCUGGAACCUGGGAGAAGAAGGAGAUGGAAGAAGUGUGGGGCAAAGAUGGAGAAGAGAUGGAUGGAAAGAGGCAGGAUAAAGAAAGCCUGGAGCAGCUCACUGAUAUGGUCCACGAGUUUCUGGAGAGCUUCUACCUAAAGUACGGCGGUUUCAUUCCUCUCAGUGAGUCUGAUGUUCUCGAAUACCUGAAGAAGAAAGGCAACUCUGACAUCAGCAACAGGGAACUGGACAUCAAAGGGGAGGUGACUCGGUACAGGGCGGGGCUGGCCUCUGCUCCUAUUGCAGGCUUCAUGGUGACAUAUAACAAACACACCCUGGGCCUAGAGGACCUAGGCACCCUGGAGGAACAGAACUGGCUUAAUGACCAGAUUAUCAAUAUGUAUGGAGAACUCAUCAUGGAGGCGACACAACACAAGGUUCAUUUUUUCAACAGCUUUUUCCACAAGCAGCUGGUUGCCAAGGGUUAUGACGGUGUGAAGAGAUGGACUAAAAAAGUCGACCUAUUCUCCAAGUGGCUUUUGCUAAUUCCCAUCCAUUUAGAAAUCCACUGGUCUCUCAUCACGGUCACCAUGGCAACUAAAACCAUCAGUUACUACGACAGCCAAGGCAUUGUCUUCAGACACACCACGGAUAACAUUAUGAAGUAUCUUCUGUCUGAAGCCAGAGAGAAAAAACAGACGGCUUUCCAAAAAGGCUGGAAGAUUACCAUCAUCAAGGGUAUUCCUCAGCAGAAAAAUGACAGUGACUGUGGAGUUUUUGUCCUUGAGUACUGCCGUUGUCUCUCUGUGAAGCAGCCUCUGCUGUUCAGUCAGGAGGACAUGCCUCGCAUCCGCAAGAGGAUCUACAAGGAGCUGUGUGACUGUCACCUCAACGAUUGAACAACAGAACAAUGGGCGCCCUCGCUCACUGACUGCUUGCCUGGUUACAUGAAACGGUCUGUCCAAGUCUGUCAGACGACCUGUUUCACAGACAGCCUGUUACAUAAGCUAACACAACCUGGCCAUAUGUAUUCCAGGGAGCCCUAACUGCCAGUCUGUUUGACUGACAGCAGAGUGGCUGGUCACUUGAACUUUUGGUGACUUUUGGAGUUUAAUAACAGUCUGUAGCAAUCUGUAACUACUGACGUGGCCCCCUACUGAACCACAGAAAUGCUGGACUCGUACCCAUCAGGUUGUUUUUGUGUUUUACAUUUACCAUCCCCAGUGGAUUUCAACCACAUUGCCAAACAGCCGCCUUUUGAGGACGCAAGGGAGCUCUGACUGAGGACACAGACGUUGGACCAGCCUGGACCAAUGGGGCGGAACUUCCAUCCCAAAUGGAGUGGCCUUAUCUCCUGUGUUUUAAAAUGUUUAUAAAGCUAGGAUGUGCGAUUCAGUGGAGCAAACGCUCACUUAAAACUUGAAGGUUUAAGUUGGUUUUAUUAUUUUGGACUACAGAUAUUUGCACGGUAAGAGGCCUAUCCAUAGAAGAGUCUAGCAAAUCCACUGAAUGUACUGAUCAUGUAUUCUUCCUGGCUGUGAGGGUGAAGACUUAGCAGCGUACAGGCUAAUGGCACAUUUUGGUUGUGGCUUGAGACAGGGAUGUCAUUUCAAGUUAGUUUUUGUUUAAAGUAUCAGGUUUUUGACACCUUACUCAAAAUAAAUUCUUACUAAAAUUCUUUUUCCCAUCACAUUAUUUCCAUUAUACAUUGUUUUAUUUUUUUUAAUUUUAUUUGCUGUGAUCACUUCCUUAUGGUAGGUUUUGCACAAGUAUUUGAGCUGAAAGCCAUUGUUUGAUAAUACUUUACAUUUAAAUCCAUCAGUUUAAGUUGAAAACAGUUUCUCAUGCUGGUUAGUAAAUUUCAUGUUAAGCAGCACAGCUAACUGCUGAUGUGAGGACCACCGUUUUUGAUUUUAACCAAGCAAUUUCUCCUUAAAUUUUAUAUUGUCCAGGCCUACUGCUUCACAUGGAUGCAUUAACACAGGUGCAGAAAGUUGCGGUUACAAGUGGACCUCAGCUAUUUCGAUUAAAUCUUCUGUCCAAUCUGGAUUUGUUUUUAUUGUAUUAUUCACUUAUAUGUAUUUACAGAUUGUAUUGUACUUUUACUGGCCUACUACUGUACAUGCUUGCUUAGGCUAAAAACCACAAUGGUUUCUGGACAGUUUUUAUUGUUGUUAUUAAAAGGCCAAUAAUGCUGGUAA